AUGAAAGUAAUGAGUUCUUCUCCAUUUAGUCAUUAUGUAACUUACAGAUUCAUCAGAGAUGGGAGUGUAGCAGGUGCAAAGAAAGGAGAUACCGACUAUACUAUGAGAGAGAGAAAUGGAGGAGUUCUUAAAUUUCAAGUGUAUAGAUGGUGUUAUGGUUACAAGCGGUUGAAUUCUAGCUUACGGUUCAUGAAUUUGGGUGAGGUUGGUUGUUUUCAACGUUGGAGGAUAUUGAAAGAUGAGGAUUUGGGGAAUGGAGAAGGAAAACGGGAGGUGAACAUCUCACUCCACUGGCUGUUACCCAUCUCCUUCAACACACUCUCAGAAGUUUGUGCAUCCACGAAAAUUCCCAAUGGGUCUAUGCAGUCUUCUGGAGGAUCUUGCCUAGAAACUACCCUCCACCCAAGUGGGAAGGACAAGGGGCUUAUGACAGAUCAAGAGGAAACAGAAGGAAUUGGGUGUUCAUAUGCAUGCAGGAUAUUGGUGUGGGAAGAUGGUUUCUGCAAUUUUGCUGCAUCUGCAGCUCCAGAAAUCAACUCUGGAGAUUGUCCUACCUCAUCAGUUUAUGGGAACUGUGAAUUUCAGCCCUACCAAGGGCUGCAACCGGAGCUCUUCUUCAAGAUGUCACAUGAGAUCUAUAACUAUGGAGAAGGGUUGAUAGGAAAAGUUGCUGCAGAUCACAGCCACAAGUGGAUAUACAAAGAGCCUAACGAUCAAGAAAUCAACUUCUUGUCAGCAUGGCACAAUUCAGCAGAUUCGCACCCUCGGACUUGGGAAGCCCAGUUCCUGUCUGGUAUAAAGACCAUAGCUCUUAUUGCUGUACGAGAAGGUGUUGUUCAAUUAGGAGCUGUUCACAAGGUGAUUGAAGACCUGAGCUAUGUGGUUCUUUUAAGAAAAAAGUUCAGCUACAUUGAGAGCAUCCCUGGUGUGUUGUUGCCACAUCCAUCAUCUUCUGCAUACCCUUAUAAAGUAGAAGGAGGGUAUGGAGUCCCAGAACAAUGGCAUUUCCAAGGCAACCACCUUGCACCCCAAACUGAGUUAUAUGACAACCACUUCAACUUGCCACUCAAAAUAACCCCCUCAAUGAGCAGCCUUGAGGCACUUCUCUCUAAGCUCCCCUCAGUGGUGCCACCACCACAUCCAACACAACCACAGUCCCAUCAUCAACUUCUGUCACCCCAGCAAAGGCCAUUGGAGUUCAUGGGAUCAACAAUGCAAAAAGUGGCAAAGGAAGAGUUAGAAGAAGAGGUAUACAGGCCAGAACUUGACAUAGGUGAGAGUAGCAGUUCCAUGCCAGGGUACCACCAUCAACAUCACUUCCAUCAGGAUCAGAAUAAUGUAACUAGGAGUGGAGCCAACAAUGGAUUUUGA